AUGUGCACCAUAUUCCGGAUAUAUGUCGUAUCAGUUGUCUGUGUGUUAGUGGCAGAAGGUCACGUUCAUGGGCCUCGAAGAUCCCGUAGGAUGGAGGUUGAUGACACACAAAACGAAAUCGAUAGUGCGAGAGCUGAGGAAAGCUCAUGGUGGUGGACAGCUGAGCUCUCUGUUUUACAGAAACUUUACGACGAUUGCAGUGCGCAAGCGCACAUGUCAAUGUGUUUGAAGGGCAAGGCUCUAGUAGCGCUCACGAGGGCGGUGGAACAGGAAAACGUUCAGCUCACUGACGGGCUGACGUUAGUAAAGCAAGCUGACGCACCCUCCGCGAUAGCGGAGCCGCGCUUCUUCCCUGGAAUGUCUACAGAAGACAAGCUCGACACCAUGUUACGUACAAAAUUCGAGCAAUUGUUAAAUACACAUACCGUUUCUAUGGAUCUAGCAUCGGAAGGCAGGAGUAAAGGUAAGAAAGUCUUGCCCUACUUGUUACUCGGUAUUUUCACUACCGUGACCAUUGUGGGAGGUAUGGCGCUGAAGACAUUGGCUGCUAUUGCCGGUAAAGCUCUGAUCGCCAGUAAAGUUGCUUUGACAAUUGCUGUCUUUAAUUCGAAGGCGGAAUCUAUAUGUGGUGAGGCCAGCGAAGGCAGGCGCGGUGGAUCCGUACUUUUACGGCGAGCAGACGACUGUCAGCAUGUAGAGCGGCUGCUGAUCCUGCCACCAAUACGCCUUUCGGUCUUGGUGCCUCAUUCAAAUUAUAUGAAGCCUUUGCCCGGCCCACCAUCGUCACAUGCUCCACUGCGCCAAUAG